AACCCAAAAGACCUGACUUCAUUAUCCCCUCACUCCCACAAGAAGUAACAGCAAGUCAGCAACUACAGCCCCUCUUCCCUGCAACCAUCCAAUGGCCAUGGCAGCCCAAGCAUCACUCUUCACCCCAACCCUCUCCACUCCAAAAUCUGGUAGCCGUGCCCUUAUUCCCUGGAAGCCAUCCUCAUCAUCCUUUUCCUUUGCUGCUCCCAGGCCUCACAAUCUCUCCAUAUCACAGAGAACCAUCAGAGCUGCAACUGCAGAGGAGAAAACCGAAACUAAGGAAGCCCCAGUAGGCUUCACCCCACCUGAAUUAGACCCAAACACUCCUUCCCCAAUCUUUGGUGGCAGCACAGGUGGGUUGUUACGCAAAGCCCAAGUAGAAGAGUUCUAUGUCAUCACAUGGGAGUCUCCCAAGGAACAGAUAUUUGAAAUGCCCACUGGAGGUGCAGCUAUAAUGAGGCAAGGUCCUAACCUUCUUAAAUUGGCAAGGAAGGAGCAGUGUUUGGCACUUGGAACUAGGCUGAGGUCCAAGUACAAGAUCAAGUAUCAAUUCUACAGGGUUUUCCCUAAUGGUGAGGUUCAAUACCUCCACCCUAAGGAUGGAGUCUACCCUGAGAAGGUUAAUCCAGGUCGUCAAGGAGUCGGUCUGAACUUCCGUUCCAUCGGAAAGAACGCAAGCCCUAUCGAGGUCAAGUUCACUGGCAAACAGGUGUAUGAAUUGUAAGCUGAGAGUGUGGUGAGACUGAAGCUUGGUGAUGACUCUGUAUUUGUGAUUAUAGCUACCCUGUUUUAUUUUGUUGUUCAAUUUCCUUUUGUUUUUCCCUUUCCAUAUACUCUGCUUGAUACAUUAAGCUUGGAAAUGUUGUGUAAUUUUCAUUUAAUCUAAUCAGAUUAUGUUUC